CACCACACGCACACGGUUCCCGGUUUAGUUCUCUGCUAGCUCCUCCAUUCCUCUUCUUCUUGCAAGUGCGCGCGCGCGCGUCUAGAAGCUUCUAGAAAGUUCCUUGAUUCGCGCCGGCCAUGGGCAACGGCCUCUCCCCGUGCACGCACAUGCCGGCGACGGCGACGAUGCCCGUGGCGGCGAGGCUGGUCUACUGGGGCGGGCAGACGAGGCUACUGCCGGUCACCGACGACGAAGACGACAACGGCAGCUGUUCCAGCUCCUUCACGGCGAGGGACGUGGCGGCGGAGCUCGUGGCGGAGCACAUAGUCUGCGCGGCGGAGUCCUUCUUCGUCGGCCUGCCGAUCCCGGUCGUGGCGCCGGCGGAGCGGCUGCUUCCCGGGCGGGCCUACUUCGUUCUCCCCGCCGCGCGCUUCUCGGCGGCCACGAGGCUCACCGCCGCCACGCUAGCCUCGCUCGCGCCGCCGGGGACGAAGAAGAAGACGAAGAACGCGGUGGCGGUGCGCAUCGCCGGGCCGGGCCAGUGCCCGUUCGAGUACGUCAAGGGCGCCGAGGACGGCGCCGCGCCGCUCAUCAGGGUCCUGCCGGAGUUCAUCGAGAAGGUCAUCGGCUGCAGCGACGGAAACGACAGCGGCGGCCAUGGCAAUGGCGCCGCCGCUGGAGGUGGUGGCCGGCCUGGGAGGAGCAAGAGCCGAGGUGCGGCGAUGGUGUCAACGGCAACGGAGACGGAUGAGCUGUGCAGCACGCCGGAGCUGAAGCGGCACUACGCGCAGCUCGUUGGGGCGAGGAGCCGGCCGUGGUCGCCGCCGCUGGAGACGAUCUCGGAGCGCGGCAAGCGGAGAGCGCUCUGGUCGCUGGCUAGGCUACUCCUGUCUUCACGAUAGGCGCAUGCAGUCGUUCACCAACUGAUUGAUUGUUGAUUUGCAUAUAGAGAUAGAUCGAUUUCGUCUUAGCGAGUACUAAUUGAGAUUGAUCAAGACACGUUGUACUGAAAAUUUAGUUCAGUAAUAGGUGAAACUGAGAGAUCAUUGGUUCGAAACUUAGAAUCAGGGAUUCUCAUAUAUGAAACACAAAAUGUAUACAGAUAUUUUGAACUGA